AUGUCUUUACGUCAAAAAAAAUCAGUAAAUACCGAGUUUAAAGAAUCUAAUAAUGAGCUCACACCAAAUUUAAAAGCACAAACAGGAAAAACUUGGGGUCGUGAUAGAGAUAUUUCCUACAUUACCGUAUUAUUUUCUACACUUAUUCUUACUUGUUGUCCUUUAUUGGUGUUUGUUUUUUGGGUGAGCUGUACCCAUUAUCAAUGUUCACUAUAUGAACCUAUCUAUCGUCUCCAAAUAAGUGGAUUUUCCGAACAAGCUUUUGAUUCCGUAGUAUUACAAAAACUUCCUCAAUUUACAUGGGAGGGAAUAAAAAUAUAUGCACUAUGGUUAAGCUUUCAGGCAAUUCUAUACGCAAUAUUACCAGCAAAAAUCGGAUACGGUCAAAGAACGCCAGCAGGACAUAUUUUACCUUAUAAAGUAAAUGGAUUACUAGCUUGGUUUAUUACUCAUAUUCUAUUCCUUGCGGGAUCAUUCUACUUCAAUUGGUGGGAAGGGUCUAUAAUCCAUGAUAAUUGGGGAGCUCUUCUCAUUGCCGCCAAUAUUUAUGGAUAUUUUCUUACAUUCUUUGUAUUUGCAAAAGCAUAUAUCAUGCCUUCGCAUCCAGAAGAUCGUAAAUUUUCAGGAAGUUUCAUUUAUGAUUUAUUAAUGGGUAUUGAAAUGAAUCCACGUUUUGGAAAAUAUUGGGAUUUUAAAUUAUUUCAUAAUGGAAGACCUGGAAUUAUUGCUUGGACUUUAAUAAAUUUAUCAUUCGCCGCAGCUCAAUAUAAUAAAAUCGGAUAUGUAACAAAUUCCAUGAUUUUGUUAAACUUUUUGCAUGCCGUUUAUGUGCUAGACUUUUUUUAUAAUGAAGAUUGGUAUCUAAGAACAAUUGAUAUUGCGCACGAUCAUUUUGGAUUCUAUUUGGCAUGGGGUGAUACUGUUUGGCUUCCUUGGAUGUAUACUGUCCAGUCUCAUUACUUGGUUCGCAACACUAUUGAUCUAUCUACUCCUUAUUUUCUACUUGUGCUCUCAAUUGGAUUGUCAGGAUAUUAUAUUUUUCGAGCAGUCAAUCACCAAAAAGAUAUUGUUCGUCGAAAGAAUGGUGACUGUAUUAUAUGGGGAAAGCCUGCACAAUUUAUUAGAACACAUUUUGUUACAAGUGAUGGAAAAGAACAUAAUACUUGUGGGUUUGAUCAUUUGUUACCAUAUUUUUAUAUCAUUUAUAUGUUCAUACUUUUAAUUCAUCGUAUUUACCGGGAUGACGCACGAUGUCGAGGAAAGUACGGAAAGUAUUGGGAUAAUUAUUGUCAAGUCGUCAAAUGGAAAUUACUUCCAGAUAAUUAUUAUUUAUAG